UAUACACAGAAUGGGUAAAGCAAAGGUGAAAAUCUUGUACGUAGGUUUUAUAUCAUUUCAUACGAAGAGGAGAGAAAUGGCUAAUAGGAAGACCUAAAAAAUAAUAAUUUUCAUUUCGUAUACAAAGGUUUCGAAAUCUGAAUUAAAAAAAAAAAAAGACAAAAGCAAAUAUUUUUAUAAAAAGUUGAAAAUUGAAAAAAACUAUCCCUAAAAACUGCGAGCGUGUUGUUUUUGGUUUAGGCUAGUGAACAGAGAAGAUGAUGAAGGAAGAAGACACCGCAGUAACAUCAAACGGCAUGAACGACGAAUAUACUAAUAAUAUUAACAGUUGCAGUGCUUCUGAUAACAACCGUAACGGAGACGCUAACCAGAUCAGUCAAGUAUGGGGAACGUGGGAGGAGCUUCUGUUAACAUGCGCCGUUAAACGCCACGGUUCCAAAGAUUGGGACUCCGUCGCUAAGGAGGUUGCGUCACGGAGCUCUCUCAACGCCUCCGCUCAUGAUUGCAGGCUCAAGUACGAAGAUCUCAAGCGUCGGUUCGACGACGACGACGACGGACGAGGAAAUACCGAUGAUAGAGACGGCGGAAUCGUCGAGCGGUUACGGAGUCUCCGUGUGGCGGAGCUCCGGCGUGAGGUUCAGCGACGCGACGAGUCGAUAUUGUCGCUUCAGUUAAAAGUUAAGAAACUAGAGGAGGAGAACGAUGGUGACGAUAAACCAGAUCUGGAAGCGGUUAGAUCGCUCAACAACGAAACGGAGCCGGUUAGGCUAAACCGGGAAACGACGGAGUCUGACCACCGGUCGAUGAACGAGUCUAACUCGACGGCCUCCGUCGAUAAAAUCGCCGAUCAUGAGCGAUUAGACAAUUCGAGAAAUCCAGAUCCCGCUCAUAAGGCGGCAGAGGAGGAGGGAGGGGGAACGGUUAGUAGAAGAUCGGGAAUGAGUCAUUCCGGCGAGUUAGGCGAGUCCGGAACGAGGAGAGGACAGAAACACAGCGGCGAGGAUAGCAGUAUAAGCGGCGGUAAUAUUAAACCGGCGGGGAAUAAAUCGCAGCCGUUGGUUGAAAUCAUUAAGCUGAUUCGUUCUCAUCCACGAGGAUCCGUGUUCGAAUCCCGUCUUCGGAGCCAGGAGACGAAGAAUUACAAGGGAUUGAUAAGGCAGCAUUUGGACAUUAAAACAAUAGAGAAGAAGUUAGAGAAAGGAUCUUAUGGUUCUUCAAGUCUCUCUUUUUACAGAGACCUCAAGCUUCUCUUCACAAACGCUAUUGUUUUCUUUCCUACAUCUUCCUCAGAGUACAUGGCUGCACAAGAGUUAAGAACCCUCGUCUCUACCGAAAUGAAGAAAAGAAACGGAACAUCGAAUCAUAGUGUCAUCAAAACAGAUGCGCUAUCGUUGGUUUCUAGACAGAGACCGUCUGCUUCUCCUCUCGUAGCGUGUAAGAAGAAGAGCUCUGCUUUGAAAAAGACAUUUCCUUCUUCAAGGCUAAAACAAAAGGAUGAGAAGAAGACUCAGGAAGUUUCAGAGGAGAAGACUUUGACUACUGCUGCAAGAAGCUCGAGGAGAACGAGCAAUGGUAUAGAAGUUGUUGCCAAGAAUACCAAAAUGGGACGAGCCAAAAAUAAUAAGAAACAAAAAACAGAUUCAUCGAGUGAUGAUGAUGAUGAUGGUGACAAAGAAGAGACUCCAAAGACAGAGAAGAAGAGAGCAGUGGCAGAAUCAGAGAAGAAGAAGAGUGUAGCUGAAUUCUUGAAAAGAAUAAAAACGAACUCUCCACAGAAAGUAAAAGACACAACGAGUAAAGAUCAGAAGAAGAGUGCUGGAAACGUAAAGAAAGAGAACAGUAAAGCGAAACCGAGGGAGCUAAGGAGUAACAGUACGGGUAAAAAAAAGGUUGAUGUAGAGAAUAACAGUAACAAGAGUUCAUCUAAACGAAAGCAAUCAAAGAAAGAAGCAGAGAAAGUUACUGAUGCAGGUAGGGACUCAGGGAAAGACAAUCAACAGCCAAAGAAAAGAAGUAGAAGAUGAAAUUGAUGAUUUAUUGUGGUUAGGUAUUGUACAUUUGAUAUGCCAUAAUAUUCAUCAAUCCUCAUAACAUCAGUGUUUAUGAGGAUUCAUAGAUCAUGUCAGAAUUCUUAUAAUUUGCAAGUUUAGUUUUUCUUUGACCAAUGUUUUCCUUCAGGUAGUAUGUAUAUGGUUGUAGACAUUAUGCUAUCAUUUUUCUUUAUUAGUUUGAUAAAUACCAUACUUUCGGAACA